CCUUUUCAUGGCCGGUAUGAUGGCGUGGAAGACCCGAAUGACUACCUGGAUCAAAUCUGGCUGGAAAUCCAAACUCACCAUUGCGAUCUUGAUAAUGGAAACAGAGCAAGUCGCAUACUCUUUCGACAGAACUUUCAAGGGCUGCACGUUGGUACUCAAGCCUCCCCACUAGUGUGAAAGAAAAUUGGGAUAUGCUGCGGAAAGAAUUUAGAAUUCGAUUCGAGAAACCGCAAAGGCCCAGCUUGCCAACGGCUAAGUUACGAAAUCAGAUUUCCGCGUUGAUCCAGGGCCCUUUUGAGCGCAACUGGAAGUAUCUGGAGCGUUGCAAAGACCUCUGGAUUCAAGUUCCCGCCCAUAGCUCUGACUACUCUCGUUUUGGUCUGAUGGUUGCCCAGGGGCUUCGUGAUGAGCAACCGAAGCAAUCUGUUCUCCUUGAAAUGAAUCGCCGACACAGUUAUACCCUGACCCAUAUUAUAAUUGCCAUAUGGCGAUACCAUGACAUACACGUUCCUACUACUGUCGCUGGACCCCGUAUGUUCGAAUCCCAGAUGCUCGAACCAUUUUUCGGCCAGGUCAUACCUGGACCUCCAGAUAUGACAGAUGGUUCCGUCAAAAGCAUCCACGAUACAAUGCUUCAAUUCAUCAGAGCCACCAGUCAACCAAAUCUAUUGCCUGAUACUGGCCAGGAUUGAACCCAACAGUAGAUGUCCUGUCUUGGCCAAUGAUUUCACUGUGUUGAGACCGUUCCAAUAUCAGUCGCACUACGGAGCAUCCUAGUCUUAGUCUCUUUCUUUUGACGAUCAAUGCACACUUACAGGCUCCCCCCAAACAAACAAGAUUUCUGCUACAAACCAAAAAGGAAAAAGAAAAAGUUGGCAUUCCCGCAAGCCUUGAUUUUCGGGAUGGAUGAUAUCCCCUGUCCUCAAGCUAACCCUUAGUGACUCCUAUUGAACCGUUAAGGUUGUUCAACCGAUACUACGGCUGCUAGCUCUAGCUAGC